AUGGCUUUGUUCAAUAUGAACAAAGCCAUAACUAGCUUUGUGAUUAUAGUGAAGUGGCAGAGCCUUUGGUAUUGGAUUCUCUAUGAUUAUACGCAAGGUGGCUUUAAGGUGGCAGAAACAAAAUCUAUUUAUCAACGAGAUGAGGAAGGCGAGAAAACUCGGAUGGUGCGAGGGAAACCUUACCCCGAAUGGCGGAAACCCUGGAUUAAACGAGACGGGGAAUGGAAAAGUAAAUUCUCAGCAUUUAUAGAGAAAAAUCCUAGCCCAGAUGUUAUGUAUGCAUUAUCAAAAUUACCAACCCUAACUAUAGAUGACAUAAGACAAUGGUGGGCUGACAUGAAAGUAAUACAAGAGAUACAGAACCAAAAGCAUUUGCCUGAGAGAGUUGCAACCCUAGGUUCAAACUUAGCUGCUCUUCAUUUCUUUACAUAUAGAGGAUGUGCAGUCAGAAUGAAAGGCUCAAAAGAAUGGGUGUCGGGAGAUGUUUUUACACUUAAUUUACCUUCUAGCUAUGUUGAGGGCCACUAUGUGGAAGCAAUAGAUUGUACAAAAUUUCACCACAAUGGCAUACGCUUUGAGGGAAUUGAGAACUUAGCAGGAUUGAAUUUCCUGAAAUGGCUUUCACUAAAGAAUAAUAAAUAUGUUGAUGUGUGGUGUCUUGAGAGAAUAGCUGUACAGAAUGGUAGAUCUCUUGAGUUCCUUGACAUCAGUGGCUGUAAAUUAUGUGUAGGAUGUAUUAUUGCUAUAUCCAGAAUGAGUGCUUUGAAAUAUUUAGUUAUCACAGACCCAGGACCUGAUGUAGAAGUUCAAGCUGGUAUUUCUAUGCUCGAGCAGAGUAAACCACAUUUAUUGAUAAAAGCCUUAGAACCAAAGAUUGAUUCUUCGAAAAAAUCAGACAAAAAACUGAGUCCAUAAACAAUCCACUUAAAAAGAAUAGUGAAUGUACUAAAAGCAGUCAUUAGAAAGCAUAGUUUGAUUAUGUGAUACACCAGACAAUAUAUAGCCAAGUACACAAGGUUAACCUCAGGAGUAUCAUGCCUGAAUUUGUCUCUAUUCAGAGAUGGAUUUUGCUGGGCCCAAACGUUUACGCCCCUUUUCGCCCGGGCGCAAACCCAUCAUAAACCUUUAUAAAUUGUAAAUAAGAAUAAUCAAAUUAUAGUACAAAAUGUGUAAAUUUAGUAUAUGUUAUUUGUAGGGUGAAACAGUAAUAAAUAAAAUUCUGAUAUGUG